UAUGAAUUUCAUUCUCGUCAUAUUUCCUAGUUGCCACUGGUGACCAUGUUUCUGCUCCUGGUGUCCGGCGACGCCUACACAGUCGAGCGUCAGACCAUCGAGUAUGAAAACGGUGACACGGGUGAGACGCUGUUCUGUGCACUCUGUCCUCCAGGGACAUACGUGUCCUCGCCCUGCACUCGCACCGAAGAUACGGUGUGUCUGCCCUGUCCCAAGGAACACUUUACACAGUUCUGGAACUUUCUGCCCAAGUGUCUGUACUGCUCCAACAUCUGCGAGGGAACACGGAUGGUUGAAAAGCAGUGCUCGUCCACGCACAACAGAGAGUGCAAGUGUAAAGAGGGUCACUACCAGCAGGAUCACUUCUGUCUCCCACACACACAGUGCCCCCCUGGGAUGGGUGCCAAAACUAUCGGUAACACUCAGAUGGACACGCAAUGCCAGAAAUGUCCCAGAGGUACAUUUUCAGCAGAGAAGUCGUCCAGAGCUCAGUGUAGAAAUCACACAGACUGUGGGACUCUUCAGGUCCUUUUCCCAGGCAGGAAGUGGCAAGACAACAUCUGCUCACCGUGUGCUAAUCUUACUAACGGAGGAGGAUUAGAAAUACUGAGAGUCGUUCUGCCAGGAAUUUUUUUUCACCAGUACGUCAAACUGAGCAAACUGGAGAGAUUCGUCCAUUCCAUCAGUGGACACAAUCGGCGACCGGUUAGGAGGAGAGCGCUGCUUCUUAACUUCAUCACCAAGUGGAUUGCAAAUGCUUCAGCACACCAGCUGAAGACUUUACCGAAGCACCUUCAGAGAGUGGAUCUCCACAGCAUGGCUAAAAAAGUCCAGCAGAUGCUGAAGAGGAUCGACAAGAAGGUGUCCACAUGUCAAAGGCUAGAGGAGAAGACUGGUAGAAUCAAUGGUAUAUUUCAGGAGUAAAUGUUGAGUGGUGUUAUAUUGAGUCUGUGCUGCAAUUCAUGUCUUUAUCUUUUCUUCACAAGCUUCUCAAGUUCUAUGAAACACCUUAGACAGUAUGAUUAAUCACACCGAAACUCAGGGUAGUGUUCUGAGUAAUACAUCAGAAAUCGUUUUGGCAAAAGAAGAAGUAAAGGAAACCUUAUCGGGGUAACUUGCUCUACUCUCUCUCUCUCUCUCUCUCUCUCUCUCUCUCUCUCUCUCUCUCUCUCUCUCUCUCUCUCUGUCUCUGUCUCUCUCUCUCUCUCUUGUUUUGUUUUCUGAACUGAAUUGUAGCCAAGACACACUGUGUAGUAAUAAAAGCUAACAAUUACUCUCCUGCAUGAUAAAUUAUUAAAGAUGAACUACUGACCACACAAA